GACCGCGAGGAGGGUCGUUUGAAUUCCAGCGGUUUUUCGGGAAUCGUAUUUCGCGAGAAACCUUAACCUAUUUCGCGUUACGCUUCGCUUCUAGGUCCCCGUUGGCGGGAGUCAUAAUCGUUGCUCGUUACUAACACACUCGUGACUUGGCUUCUGCAGCGAGCCGUGAAAUUGACCUCCAAGUUAAAACUUUCCAAACAUCUGUUACAAAUAUUCGAAUUGCCAGUGGUAAUUUUACUGGGGACGAGUUCAAUUCUUUUUCUUCCGUUAAUAUCGGUACGGGGUAAUCAGUUCUCGAGGGGAGUUCGACAUUUGAAUGAUUUCGGAAAAUAAGGCCGGGAACCGUCCGUGGAAACCGUGUAAAGUGGUUCACGGUUCUUAUCUAUGUUCCGAGGAACAUUGUAAUCGAUGCUUUUGGCAAGAAUCGCGGGAAUUGUUGUAACAUUUCAAAUCAACGCUGCCUAUAGAUUGAUGCGUUAUAUAAGAAAGAAUAGAUAUGUAAUGUCCGUAUAAUAUUAGACGAUCACACGUUCGAAUGAAGACAUUGUUUCCGUUCCUCGCUUCCGUCAUGCACGCAGAAACGCGGAGAAUUAAAUAAUUUAGAAUUCCGCACGAGUGCCCUGUUACAUGAUGGAAUAUUAUUAAUACUUCCUCCUACUGACGUUGAAAAUGUAUUGUCAUUCGGAUUUAAAUAAAACCGAACUAAAUUUAUAUACGACGAGAUUCUGGCUUAUAUCUCGGCACCGAAGAAGUUCGGAUAUUAUUGUUCCGGGAGUGUGAAUGGCGCGGAAGGAAACUCCUGUUUGAUUCCCUGUCGCUGGAGAAACAAUGGCGUAAGGCUAAAUUGGCCGCGUUCGAUUUGAAAAAUAAUGCGAACUCGGCGAACGCGGAUUCGAUGAAAUUCCCGGGCAAUCAUAGCUUCGAGCGAGAAAGAACGGCCGAGGAUGACGUAAGUUUAUUGAGCGAAAUGGUGUUUGGCACCGUGGCUAUGACCUACAGAGGAUCCUCGUUUAAGAUCCAUUCAAUGAAUUCACCAUCGUGCAUCAUGUGCACUAAAGUGUUCCCUGCUACAGAACACAACACAUGUAAGCCAAGCGAGAGAGUGUCCGACGAGGGGCUGGGUCGUUCCGUGAAUUUGGAUUCUAAUUCCAGCAUGAGAACACUCUUGUCACGACCAAGUUCCGGAAAUUUGUCAGGGCCUGACUUGAACACCGGUCCAAGAAAGAAUUCCACUUGCUCUAGCAACGGAAGUGGAUGGGAUAUAGAGAUAUCGCCUCCGAUGGGCAGUUCCCAGUCAUUGGAGAGCAGUGGUUCCUCAGGUAUCGGUAGCCUUUCGAGUUUACGCCGUAGAUGGCUGCGAGUAGUAUCUACGUCUCUUGCGCGGUCCGAGUCCGACGAUGCCUUUGGAAUGCAGUGGAAUGAGAAUGGGACGGAUAAUAGAGAUAGUCAUGGCAAACGUCAUAAAACAAGACUGGGCUUAACGAUGUUAGUACGACUAGCCGAAGGCCAUGAAAGAAGAGUAGAAGCUUGUCUUUUAGAACAUAUGGCUCUCUUGGAAGGGAUGUUAGACCGUUUACGGUACUUCUGCAUAGAGUCCGGUAACCUUAACGCUAAGUCUAAAGGGGCGCAGCUUCCUGAACGGCUUUACAGAUCUUCCUUUCAAUUUGUUAUUUCAUUGUUACGUUUACUUACCAAUGUUAACGCAAGGCUGAAUACGCGCUCGCCUUUACUGUGGCAUGAUGUACUACUUAACUCAGUGAGAAUAGAGCACAAAAUGAGCACGUUGGACUAUAGUCUGCAACAAAUGUGUCAGCUACUCGACGAACUUGACACGAAGUCAACCAACUUCUUCUUGAGUACCGUUGUGACUGCUGUUUUAACGUAUCACCUUGGUUGGAUAUACACUACACUGCCUGUUCGUGACCGGCAAUUGAUGGAAAAGAUGGGUACUUGGUUUCCCUGUAAUCCUUUAUGGGCUCAAUUAGGAGACUUGUAUGGUGCACUGGGUAAUCCCGUCAGGGUAGCGCACACAGUCAUCGCCGGUGAUUCCCAGAAAGUCGAGCAGAUCAACUCUGUGUUGUCGUUCUUGACAUACUUCAUCCGCAGCGGAAUCGUACAGAAGCGUCAAGAGUAUUUCUGCACCACCGAGGAAAACAUUCAAGAAGCUGCGAAUGUCCUGGAACAAGCGAAACUGAAGCGUCCGCAUUUAUUCAAUACAAAAGUAACAUGCAUCGAUCGCGAUGCUUCAGCAUCUAGUCGAACCUCGCUUGCGUCUUCUCGCAAGAAGAUCCAAACGCACGAACGCCCGUACGACGUGGACAACGACAAUGUCGCGACACAGCGCUCUUAUCCUCGGUGUACCAGGGAUGUGUUGAGAGCAGAAGGAUCCGUUAGUUCCCUGAAACGUAGCACAACAAGGGGAUCGAAUCUUGAUUCGUUCAUGCUGAAGCCAGCGGAAUUUGAAAGAGAAAUGAAGUGUCUACCGAAAGAAUUUCCCCGUAACGACGACGAAGAUCAGAAAUGCACCAACGACGAGAAGACCUGUGCGUCGAGCAAAGUUAAGAUAAUAGUGAGCGACAGCGCAUCGCAGGAUAUUGAUUUGACCAAGACUGACGACCAACAUUACCCGGAAUUCUCGUUGCGGAACUUCGAGAAGAAAUUAGAGGACGACGACAUAGAAGAACUGUUCACCAAUUUCAAGUUGAAUACGCUUCAAGAGCCGAACGAUACGGCAAUCGACACUCUGAAAUUGUAUUCCGGCAGACCAGAUUUCGAGUCCGGCCAAACCAUAGCCGAGAAAAUGAAGAAUUCUCAUGUCUACUUCAUGCUAGGCGACGAAGAAAAAACUGCGAAAACAUUGCCACGAUCGCGGUUCGGAUGUAAUUGCCAGUGUUCGAACAUGUUCACCAGAGUGCCGAGUACGUCUGCACAAUUGCCGGAAGGUGUGCUGAGGAAGAUUAUUCAGAGGAAUUUCCCGGAGUCCUCUAAAAGUAUACAAACGCCGGGUGCUACUUCCAGCAUGACCGCGAGAUUCUGUCAAAGAUGUAACGGACAAGGUUACAUACCUUCCCAAAAUUUUGAUAGCCGCAAACAAGUCUUAGAAACGCCGACCAACGCUACUGAGGUGUUGCGCACGUGUGGUAGCUCUGGGGGCGAUGGCAAUGUCGGAUUGUCAAGAUCAAAUAGUCUAGAAGCUUUGAUGGAAGCCAGUAGCGUCGUAGAAUUGCCCAUGCCACGGUCGAAAAGGAUGAAAAAGACUGAUCUACGGCAGAAUACUGGAUUCACAAACACACUUCUGCAGAACAGGAUAAAAACUGAAGAGUCGCACGUAACGAGUAACCCGGAAACAGGAUACACAUGGGGUUUAGUCUUGCAAGGUUUACCAAAAAAGAAGAGGAGGAGGAAAAAGAAAGUCGUGAAACAAAAGGGAAAUAGCUACGAAGUUGAGGCAGAGAAAGAAUGGUGGUACUACAUACGGGAAGAAUGCCUCGCCGGUGUUCGUUUUCCAACUAUCGAUCAGCCAAUUACUGAAUCGCUUUGUAUUUUAGCUGAUUUAGAUACUUGGCACGUUGGAAUCAUAUCCAACAACACACCAUCGCAUUCAGCACCCUUGCCAGUUGGGAUGUCGCGACUUGUCUCUAAUAUGCUGGAAGGUUUCUCUUACUUAUGGCGAAAGUAUCAUUCAACAUCACAUUGUAUAGGUAUUUUGGAAGCAAAACUGAGAGAAAUGUGGCUGAAGAGCGAAGCAUUGGCUGAAUUGUUACUGGCUACAGAACUUUGCGACGCCAGUGUUGCUAACCUAUCGAACGCUCUUGACCUCGACGCUGCAGAUAUACCCCUUUUACUCGCAGUUGCAACUUCUCAUUCACCAGAGAUAGCACAAAGAUUUGGCCUGACACUUGCUUGACUACGUAUCAUUGCUCUUAUCAUAAUUUUACUUCCUUAACGCAGACACCUGUUUUUGUCUCUCGCGCAACGAAAGCUAGAAAAUGUAUUUCAUUAUUUGUUUAUACAUAUGAUUGUAUACUAUUGUUCUGAUAGCUCUAAUAUACCAAUAAAUUUUCAUCCGUUCUUUAAAAUGAGCGACGCCACGGGGAUUUUAACUUAUUACAUGAUAGACGAAGGUUUUGCAUUUGCAUUUAAAUAUUACAACUUAUGUACAUAUUUUAUAAUGUUUACGUGCAACAAUUGAUACUUUUUUUCAUCAGCGUUCGACGCCAUUCGGAAAUUCUCGCUUUAAGGAACGAAUGAUGAGGUGAUCUUACGAAAAUGACGAUAAAAAGGUUUAUAAUGUAUAAAAAUGCGGCGGAUACAUUUUUUUUAUAGACUGCAAUCGCGCAGUCACGUAUUUAAAAUUUUUGAAAAGAAAAGAAAGAUGUAAGCAUAAUUUAACCACGUAGCAGUAUAUAGUUUUUUUUACAUGACAUACACGUAUUCGAUUUUACACACUCCGCAAGAGUGGAUAAUAAAGCGUAAAAUAAUUUUUAUACUUCAAUGUAUCUCAGUUUCUCGUUUCAGCAUUCUACUCUACCUUUUGCGAGUUCACGGUGACAAAGAAUCAAUAGUUUUCGAAGCUACAAACGAAUGACUCGAUACAAUGAUUAUAAGAAUAGAGCAUUUUUUAAUAAAUACUUUAUUGAUACUCUCAGAAAGUGUAGCCUUUAACAAUCGUA